AGGAAGUCCAAGAUCUCAGCAUCAAGAAAGCUAAUGCUGAAGAGUAUGAUGGUGGCCAAAGCCAAAGAAGAACUGGAUCAGGAAGUGUUAGAUAAAGAGGAGGAGAAGCAGAGGUAUCUGACGGAGAAAGUUCCUCCUCUGCAGACACAGGGCAUGUCAUUCGCUGAGCUUCAGAAACUCUGUCAAGAGCUCCAUGCUAAGAUUGAUGUGGUGGAUGAGGAGCGCUAUGAUAUUGAAGCCAAAGUCUUACUGAAUAAGCGUGAGGUCAAAGACCUGAACAUUAAGGUUUUGGACCUGAGGGGAAAGUUCAAGCGGCCCACCCUGAGGAGAGUGAGGGUUUCUGCAGACGCCAUCCUCAGAUCCCUCCUAGGCUCAAAGCACAAAGUCUCAAUGGACCUACGAGCCAACCUCAAAUCUGUGAAGAAAGAGGAUACUGAGAAGAAGAGGCCAGUUGAGGACAGCGACUGGAGAAAGAACGUGGAGGCCAUGUCUGGCAUGGAGGGAAGAAAGAAGAUGUUUGAUGCGGCAAAAGGCCCCACCCAGUGAAACCCUAUCUAGUUAACAGACAAGAUUAUGCAGCUUUUUGUUUGGCAACUAAAAAGGAUUACGUUUAGAGUUACAUACUAAAUAUAGCAUUAAAUACCAGAUGUACUGUUAUUUCAGAUGUCGUUGACAUGACAAUUGUAAUUCAUUGCAACUACUCUUGGGCAACUUUUACGUGGCCAAUAAGUAAAUAAUUACUAGCUUAGUUUAUCUUUUAGUAUGUCAAUAUUCAGUUAUUAGGAAGAGUCUAUGGAAGGUAACUAGUACAUUAUGUGAAUAAACAGAGACAUAUUUGUUAAUGUACGAGACUCAUUAAAUAUGUUUAGUCUUACCAAAAGUUUCCCAUGCUUAGUUCUCAUGCUUUCUGAUAGUAUGUCUAUGAAUUAUUGUUUACUUGCAGUGCUGAAAUUAAACAUAUAAAGUAAAAAGCACACACACACAAAAAAAAACUCAUCCAAAGUGUAUACUAACACAGCCAGGAUAGCGUGAUCAUGUCUUUUUGCAUGCUAUAUAACAGUA